UUUAGCCCUCACGGUCACACUGUAAGUGCGAAUUGGAAUGGAAUUGGAUUAUUAUUAUUUUUAACCAAUUAAUGACUAAAACUGCCUAAAGUAACCAACUAAACAGCUGCUAGACAAGCUCCACGGCGUCGGGGGAAAGGCUUCCAGCACCUACAACCUGAACCAAACAGCACAAACAUGAAUUUCCUGCGGCAAACGUUGGGCAUUACGAAACAGUUGACUUCGCAGGCCAUCCAGAGCAGUUUGGAGACCGCCAUGCGUGGGAUGGCCUCGCUGCAGCAGAUGCACCGCAGCGGGCCGCACGUGAAGACGCGACCCCCGCGCCAGCCCCUCGACGGGAAGCCCUUCGCCAAGGGCGUCGUGCUCAAGACGCUGAUCAAGAAGCCCAAGAAGCCGAACUCGGCCAACCGCAAGUGCGUGCUGGUGCGGCUCUCCACCGGCAAGGAGAUGGUGGCCUACAUCCCCGGCAUCGGGCACAACCUGCAGGAGCACAACAUCGUCCUGUGCCGCGUCGGCCGUCUGCAGGAUGUGCCCGGCGUGAAGCUGAAGGCUGUGCGCGGAGUCUACGACCUGGCGCACGUCGUCAAGAAGAGCCAAUAGUUAUAGAUGUAGAUAUAUCCCCCUUAUCAUCCAAACACACACUGUUCAAAUGCAAGACUCUACAAUCAAGAAACCGCA